AUGUGCUUUUCUGAAGAUUAUGAAGACUUUGAUCUUUGUGAUGAACCGAAGGGCCUAAAGCAAGUAUUAAAUGAGAGAAGAUUGUGGUGUGAUGGAAUAAGAUUAAUAUGUAAAGGAGGGUGUGAGCAAGAAAAAACUGAUUGUUGCGCUAGAACGACAAUAAUAAACCAACCAGAUUUUAGAGCACAAUGUGGAAAAGUUAAAAAAGCGAUUAUUUUCGCAG